AUGAUGGCUACUUCGGCACUCGUGCUGUUACUGCUACUCGCACAUCCGAGUUUAGGGACCAAGCCAGGCCACCAUCUACGACGAGCCGAGCAGGUGAGUCGAGCCAGUCAAUGUCAAAGCAUUUCUUGCUGAUCACAGGUCCUUGGACAGCAACGACUCCAGCGUCGCGAUCCGAAUGAUCACUGUUGGCACAAAGGCCAGCUUUGGUUUUACGCGCUGAAGCUCAAAGGCAAGCGAGAGGCAAUGCAAGCUAGGCUUCGAUCCCCUAAGCAAGCUCGUGAGUCUUUCCCUGGGCAGUGAAGAUUCCGAUCUGGGUGUGCAUACGUCAUCUUACUCUGCUCACCUUCAGGCAAGGACGUGCUGCUUGGCCAAUGCGACUCUGCCUGCACAUCGCUACAUCUGACGAGUAGCGCUAGGAAGCUCGCACUGGGCUGCGAUGGGACUCCGGCAGUGCCGCCGGAGGACGAAGCGGCACCUCAAGCCUGGCGGGAGCGAUUUCCAUUCAAGACGGGGACGUGCUGGGUGGAUGCAGGACCGGGUGCAGAGCUGAGUGCUGUUCGAAGGACAGCGGAUGUGAAUGAUGUCUUUCAAGGAGACGAGGUUAGCACGUGGAGAGCUGUGAGCGCCAUGUUGACUUUCAAACAAGUGCGCAACACGGCAGGACAUGCUUGAUUGAUCGGAUUCUCUGUUUCACAUGGCUUAUGCUUCGUCUUUUCCCUCGCAGGCUUGCGAAGAAGCAAAAGGCUAUUUCGUGAAUCCAGCAUUCGCGGCGUGGUGAGCAGCGCGUCUGAAAUGAACGCCAGAAGCGCAAGCCCGCUCUCUCACAGUCCAUCCUGUGACUGUCGGUCUGUAUCGAUCCAUAGACGGACAGCGUAGGCGCCAAUUGAUUCUGAUGUAGAGGAGAUUGGCCACCAAAGUCGGGACCGCAUGUGUGCCUUUUGGGCACUCGAUUGAAUCAUGUCCUUCGCCACAGUCUUGAGUGUGACUCGGAUCCUUGCGCUCACACCUGAUGGGCACUGACAACUGGCCAAUCACGAAUGACUGCUUUGUAUGCCGCCCACGCGUUCCGCUACAACUCACACUUUUUUGAAUUGUGCACUCACGACUCAAGACUGGUUGGUGACUGGCCUCUUGGUAGCCGCUUAUCGGAGCCGAAUCCUCACGAAGGAGCGUGGGAACACCCCGCUUGGCCCGCAUCCGCAUGUUGGAUGAUGUACACUGUAUCAGAGGGCGAUCACGUGAAAUCAGGGUUCUUCGCAUGUACCCCUCCGUGCAACACGAGAUCAAGACGAUUUCCAUCUUGAUGCGACUUUUGGCUGGCAGCAAAGGGAAGGCGAGGAAGUUGAGUCGAUAUUGCUCAAGAGAGCCAGACCGAUGUGCAUUCCAUCACAUUCACCACAAAGCCCUCGGCGCAAUCGCUCAGCUCUUCUCCUCUUGCCUCCUAGCUUGCCCUCGACUCUAUGCUUCACUACUCGACUCUGCGUGCCGUGCUCAGACGGGCGGAGAAGGAGCUACCUCGCCUCUCGCAGAAAAGCCUGCACUCCAGUCGUUUUGCCUCAGCUACGCCAAGGGAUAGUAGUAUCUUGAGCAGCGCAGCAGGCCUCACCCAUAGAGCGCAGCUCAAUGCCGCGUCCACCAGCGCCACGCCGGCAGAGGAUGCAGUGAAACGUAUCCCGAGCUCAGUCCGUAGCAGCCAGCAGACUGCCAGCUCAGAUCUGCAUUCAGGGCGAAAGGCGUUCGCACCGCGCCUCACUUUUCCAUUUCCUACUUCGAUUCCAUCAUGGUACGCGGGACACAUGUACAGGGCAAUGAGAUCUUUGCCAUCUCUGCUCAAUCGAUCGCCACCGCCUCUCAUCAUCGAAGUGCGUGAUGCUCGUCUGCCCCUAAGUAGCGUGAACCCUGCUUUUGAGCGCAUGCUCAGGAGAAACAGCAACGCCAAGAGCAGGCAGAACAAGGGGAAAGGCAAGGAAGUCGAACCUGCAGAUGCCGAAGGCGCUCAAGAUGAACCUCAAGGAGGCUUUGUCGGACCCAAUCAAUCCCUCGAGGGUCUUGCGAUGCGCCGCAACUGGCGGCAAAGAAGGCUGGUUGUGUACGCCAAGAAGGAUUUGAUAGCAUCUGAGCUGCAAGAAGUACGUCACGAUGUCGUCUUGACCGUCAUGUCGUGAGGGAUGGCUGAGGGCUUCCACUGAUCUGUCGGUCCUUGUAUGCAGCCCAUUCGCCAAGCGUUCGCGCGACACGGCGAAGAAGUCCUCUUCGUUGAUACGAGGGUCGACGGGGACGUGCGGAUGAUUCUGUCAUGGGUGCAUGGUGCGUGCAGGCGGAAGCAGAGUUGCAGGGGCGGGGUACACGAGCGAAGCUAAUCUUUUGUUGACUGGCGAGUCACAGCUAGAGCCGCUCUGGUCUCCGACUUUGGUGACGACGCAUUGCAAUCAUCCAGCAAGCCGAAAGGGAAGCACCUGUCAGGAGCCUUCAGGCACACGCCUACACCCGAGAAUGGAGCCAGGCUUGUCAUAGUCGGAAGUCCCAAUGUGGGCAAGAGCAGCUUGCUGAACGCUUUGCGCCGAGUGGGCACCGGCAAGGGUGAGAGCCAGACUUUUGUGAUGCUGCAUGCAUAUCUGCCUUUCAUUUAAGCUGACGUGACCGUGUGACGCAAAAAGGCAAAGCGGCGUCCACAGCGCCAGAGCCAGGCCAUACGCGCAAAUUGACUGGCACGGUGCGCAUAACAAAGGCAGGUCAAUCAUCUCUUCGCAGACCAGAAGCAGAGACGCAAGAGGCCGGCGCCAAGGGCCUGUUUACGUUGGGAGGAGACGGUACUGAAGGCGCAAGCGAGCUUCAUCAACAUGCUGCCGACAAGCGACCUGAGCAAGUGCCAAUAUACGUCUAUGAUACCCCAGGAAUCAUGGUUCCGUACCUUGGCAAAGGUGUCGCUGGCGCUGAGAAAGGGAUCAAGCUUGCCGUGGCCAAUGGAAUGAAGAGCUCACUUUUCGAUACGCGAGGUCUGGUGGACUAUCUACUUUUCCGCUUCAACUUGAAGUUUGCUUUUGCUCAGCAUCAAGCAAGCACAACUUUGCCUGUCACUAGUGCAAGUGAGAACGCAAAGCUUUUGUGGUCCCUCGUCACGCGUCUUGAGCUGAUCAGCGCCCCACUAUCGUUUGCUCCCCCCACUUCAUUUGCUCCUUCAGAGGCACCAUUGCCGGUCUACUUGUCGCAGCUGCCACUCCCCGCUUUUUCCGGGCCAGAUCAGCCUCCACUUGGCCCUACGAACUCUAUCGAAGAGCUGCUGUAUGCGGUAGCAGCAAGAGCACCGGGCACGAUGAGCAAAGGGGGCGAGCGCGAUCUUGACGCCACAGCAACCUUUAUGCUACAGCGAUGGCGGGAGGGCAAAAUGGGCAGAGAUUGUGGAGAGUUGGACAUGGGGUGCGACGAGGUGCCCACUCUGAACUUCGAGGGAGCCGACAGCGUCGGCACUGUCCAGGGUCAUCAGCAGCUGCCGAUCACUGCUCUUCAAGCGCAAGUCUUGAAAGUCGAGCUGCAGGAGCGAAGUGAUCCUAUCCGACGCAUCAACGCGAUGGUAGAUCGGCACUUUGCCGAGCUGCAACAGGCUGAACAAGCUGGCGUCGCCACUUCAGCUAGACCUGCCCGAGGCGCUGGCAGACGAGACUGGCUCGCCUCUAGGAACAAAGCUCCUGCUUCAGCGCACGCUGCUUCAGGUGCAGCUCGCGCAGUAGAGCCCGCCUCGACCUCCGUCACGCCUCGACUGCGAACGAUUGAUCCCUCCAACCCUCUCAUGAGUAGACAUCAACGGAAGAAAGUGGCGAAGAUGAAAUCUUUGAACAAGUUCAAGGAAAGAUAUAGGACGAGGAUGUCUGGCAACGCCAGCGCGUCGUCCAGCACGAGUCAGUCCAGAACACAUGCUAUGCGAAGGCGGCGGCAGGCGAUCAGCAAGGGUGCAGGGGCUGCGCGGGCCGACAGGUGA